UGUUGACUCGUGCGAUUGUUUAAUGCGAGUGCUUUUUCAAGUUUUGCUUCGUUUGCAGAGAUUGUUUAAAAUGAUAAUGGAGAAUUUCAGAGAGUUAAAGAAGUUGCGCAUCCCGGACAAUGCAGAGUCCGAGGAUGACGCCUGGUCUUGGCCAGGUGUCAUAAGGGUGCUUCCGAAAGAUGCGCAGGAGAAGUGUCAUACACCGGACGUCAAACGGGUGGUGGUCGUAACUCCGGACGACACCGCCUCGUCUCUCGUCCAAUAUCUGGAGGGGCGAUAUCCGGAGGUUCCGGAAUGGACGGUGGAGACAUCGUCGAGUGAGACCGGAGUGGGCAGAAAGGAGUCCGAAGAGUCCGUCGAGCGUAAAAGGCCUUGAAGGAAAAGGUUGUUUUGCUGCUGGAAGACAUAAACCUCUUCUCUGGCCAGGCCUUGUUGCGCAGAUAUCGACUUUCCACCGAAUGUAACAACGCCAUUCGGAAGUGACCUCUCACCCGAAUAUGACACUCACAGGAAUUGAUUUUUCACCUGGCUACGACGUAAUCGACUGUAUUUGACUUUCUAUCCCAAUUUACGGAAGGAUACUUCGACACCAUUCGAGAUUCGGUUAAAGAGCAUAUAGAACAACGACAGUGACAUCAAGUAGUGUUCUGAUGUUUAAUUAAAGGCUGUUUAUACGACUAUAACUGGCCAAAACGACUUAUAUUCUACAGACAUU